UUUAAAACAAUUUUAGAAAAAGCUUUCAAAGACAUGGUCAAUUCAACAGUCAAAAAGAAUGCCGAACUAGAUCUUAGURUCACUGAGUACAUUAGCUCUGCAGUACCUAAAGGAGCUUUGCAGAACCGCAGCAACUAUAAGAUUGACUCAAAGCUUGAACAACAAAUGAAAGAUUUAGUUCAAGAUAUGACAAAAGAACUUAUUCCUGGCCUCAUGACUGAUGCCACCACAUCCCGAGUCAGUAAUGUUAUCAGCAGACUCUCUGAGGUGUGCAAUAAUGCAACUGACCUUGUGGGAAAAAGUGGGACAGGUUGUAUUGCAAAAGGAGUCAAAAUAAGUGUAGAAAUAGCUAAACACACCACAACCUUGGUCCAAAUGAUUCGGUCCAUUCCUACAGAACAUGUCAUCAAUGACAUAUUUGUUAUCAAAUUAAUAAAAGAAAUUGAAAAGCAACAAAAAAAUCUGGACCAGUAUGACCAAGAUGGCAGACAUGACUUACCAGAUGUGAUUCGCCUGAAGGAUGAGUUCCUAAGCUCCAUUUCUGAAAGUGUCUCCGAAGCGUUCAUAGAUGCUUGUGCUGGUCAUAUGUCCUCUUUUGUGACGGGACUAUUCAAGAAGAAGCUCAAUAGAGUCACUGGAAAGGUGGCUGACAAUGUACUUGGCAGACACAAAACUGAGGGCUUUUUCCAGGACCGGCAGCAUAAACAUGAUAUGAAGUCAGUCAGUCAGAAGACUGGGAAAGCUCUGUCAGAGACUGAAACAAAAGAACUUCUGGACUAUGCAGAGAAGAUUGGUGAUGUUAAUCGACCAGCCUCGGCCCUGGACAUUUAUGUCCUCACAAACAGUGACCUCCUUCAUGGUAAAGGCAUCCAGUUCAAAGUGGUGGAUCAAGAUGGGACAACACUCUCAGAGGAGUCCUACCCGGGAACAAACAGCUCAGCCGGCCAAAUCACUCUACGGCUGACCAAAGAGCCUGAGAAAACACACAGUGAGAAAGGAAUCCUCUCUAAAGCAAAAGACAGAAUCCAAGGAGUGGAAAGUCCAUACAGUGGUCACUUUGACAUCAUCCAAGAUGGCAAAGUAAUCCCUGUGRSCUCAGAGAACAAGAACUGCCUGUACCAUGCCCUAGCACAGGCAACAUCUAACAGGUCAGAGGAUGAGAUCAAGAGUCAAGCUGUGAAUCUACGAAACAAUGUUAAAGACCAGAUUAAAGGGAACCUUCAGGAUUAUAGUGAAAUGGUUAAAACCCAGAUGGCCUAUGAUGCACUUGAGAGAAAUCAUGGAAAAUAUGCUAUAGUUGGAGGGGUCAGGAAGAGCACACCGAGGACUGAUUGGAAACAUUUCAAUAAAAUCAGUCCCUUGAAGAAAAUGAACUCUAAUUAUUAUUAUUCUAGUUUCUCAAAUUUAACUGAGCGUGACAUAGCCAUUUCGUACAGACUUGGAUUUGCUGAUACUUACAAAAGCGUCUUAAAAAACAGACAUUCAACUUUGCAAUUUAUAAAAGGAGCUGUGGAUGCAGACCAUAUCCCACCAAAGAAUUCCCUGACGCUGGCCAGAGACCAAAAACCUCAAAUGGAAAAUCUUCAACAGAAGAAUCCAAAUCUUUAUAAAAUUAUAAACAGCAUUGACUCAGACCAAAAUGGAAAAGAGCUGCUCACAAUGCCGGUUCUCAAACAGCAUCACAGGAGAGCUCUAACCACUGGAAACAGUAAUGAAUCUAAAAGCUGCAGGAAGCUGCUGGCGGAUACACUUGCAAGCGGAGAUGUGGAGAAAUCACAUGAUGAAAGUACUCUUUCAUCAUGGCUCAUCCUAUUGCUUCCGACCAGCUCAGAGACGAUGCAAAUCUGCCGAAUACAACAGGAAAGCCCAAAAAUCAUAACCAGAAUACAAUUGAUAUGUCUCCCGAAGGGACAAUGUCCUACUACGAAUUUGGCUUCAAUUGGAUGCUUCAUCUUUACCGUAAAAAUGAGAUCAUCACCCAGAAGCAUCACGAGAGCCUGAAGUCCUGGUUGGACAAUAAAGGGUACCUGGAGGACACCCAAAUGAAUGAUAAAAUCAUUGCAGCCAUCCACAAACAAAACCUGUCUUCUCUCACUCAAUGUCAACAAAACAAAGGAGAUGAUCGUGGACUUCAGGAAACAGCAGAGGGAGCACCCCCACAUCCACAUUGGCCGAACAGUAGUGGAGAACGUGGAAAGUCUGGGGUUAAGAUGAACCGUCCCUCCAAAACUAGCGGACCAAUGGUGACUCUUCCCUCUAAACCCUGCCCUUCACGGGAAAAUAAUGCCAAAACUCACGUAUCGAAAAGACUGAGAGAAAGCAAAGAUACGAGUAGCGUAACCAAAAGGUAGUACAUGCAGGCAAAAUGUAGUUUUUUUCCCAAUAGGAUUGGUUGCUGGAAAUGUUUAACCAAAAACGAUUUUUGCAUUAGUUUUCUUU